AUGAAGUUCGCACACGACUUCAAAGAGACCCUUUCGCGUGAAGGUUUCCCUUCACACUGGGUCGAAUCGGCCAUACCAUAUAGCCAACUAAAAAAGGUGCUGAAGAGAGUCGCUGGCGAACUGAACGAUCUCGGCUUGGACCCUGAGACGUUGCGCCAGCUGCUUGAUCCCCAAAGCGACUCGCCUUUGGUAAUCGAGUAUGGCUUGAAAGUCGCGCAAGGCUCGGAGUUUCUGAGGCCCCAGCUCACGGUACUGCUUCACCUCCAGGACGGAGUAGCAGUGGAUGUAUCUUUGUCAUCAAGUUCUCGAACCUUUUUGGAAUACAUUUCAUCUUUGCAGGCAAACUCGCCACGGCAUCCAGCGCUGCCAUCGGAAGAAUCACCAGAACCACCAAGAGAAGCAUUAACAGAUGGCGCGGCGAGUUCAGAAUCAAAUGCUAGCUUCGCCAAACUAACUGAACCUGCCGGUUUGGACCGUUCAGGCGAGGCAAUUUCCUCAAGCGCCUCGCUGGCCAACCCUCUCUGCAAGCAGCUUGAGGUUCCGCUCGUCUUCGAUGGCAAGUUCUUCGACAUGCUGCAGAGCGAUGUCAAUGGUCUAGACGCCCUACAGGCUCGCGAAGAGGUCGCCAUGACGAAGGAGAUCGUGGCUCUAGGGCAGGACGUCUCCCAACUCACCAAGCCUAGCCGGCUUUCGAAGAGUGACCUUGCGCGAUGGCGAACCAUUUUCGAGCUCUAUCUCGAAGCCCAAGUCUUCUUUUCCGUCUACGAGCAGGACCACGGUACACGCGACAGCCAUUCGGCCUCACGCCAGCUGCAGUGGUUCCAGGGCGAAGUCACAAAGCGGAAUCUCGUCCGCCAGUUCAAGAUGUCGGAGAGUCGAGAGGCGCUUGUUCGCUUCCUUCGUCUCAACGCCCUGCUUCUGAAGAACAUACAAUUUCAGGAGAUCAACCGCACCGCCAUUCAUAAAAUCCUCAAAAAGUUUGACAAGCGCACGUCUCUGGGUGUUUCCAAGACGUUCCCCGCCCAGAUCCGCUCUGACAAGCUACUCGCUGGUACCAUGGCUAGGGAUAUGUGUGCUCAAGUGUCCACUGAGCUUGUUUCUGUUGUUCCUCAACUCAACGACUACCUCUGCCCUGUCUGUUUCGCCAUCGCAUAUCGCCCUGUGCGUCUGGCUUGCCAGCAUAUUUUCUGCAUUCGCUGCAUUGUCAAGAUACAACGGCGGCGCGAGAAGCAUUGUCCAUUGUGCAGAGCCGACGUCGUCAUGGAUGCUUCAGCUGAUAAUCUGGAUAUCGAGUUGGACAGGUAUCUACGGAAAUACUUCAACAAGGAAGUGAAGGAGAAGAUCCGCGCCAAUGACAUUGAACGAGGCAUGGAGGACUAUGGCCCUGGGUACACGCAUUCUGAUUGUGCCAUUAUGUAAAGCGGUCCGAGACCGAUACUCUGGUACUGUAUGGCUGUUCUCUCGAAACGAUGAUACCCCUAGCUUGAAUUCGAAUGCGUUGCUACACAGAAUUCGUCAUUCCAAUCUAUUGACUCCAUAGUUGUGAGUCUUGAACUGGUAUACGCGUUGUGCUCAAGUCUCUGAUUGCACUUGGCGUUGCUCUUGGGUCAUCACGGGGUUCACAUUUCAUAAGUGACCUCAACACCGUAUCUUUCUAUUGAACCACGAAACGAGAUAGGACCCUGCAUUGAGGGCAAGACAGGUUGGGAUCGACGUCGCGUACCGAUAGACAGACCUCUGUACGAUUUGCCAGGAAAAGCUGUGUGGUUUGACUUUGCCCAUUGGGUCGCAUUUCAUAUCAUCAUUGUCACAUUACACGUUUUGUCUC